AUGUUAAAAAGUUUCUUGGCAUGGGUGAGGCACCGAUCUACAGACUCAGAUUUUGAUGUAGACACUGGAAACGGCAAAAAGGGUGUGUGGAUAAAACUUCCCAUUGAACUUGCAAACCUUGUUGAAACUGUGGUCAAGGAAGGCUUUUGGUAUCAUCAUGCAGAGCCAAAUUAUCUAAUGCUGGUUUACUGGAUUCCUGAAACUAUUAAUACACUCCCUGCAAAUGCUACACAUCGUGUUGGAGUUGGUGCUAUUGUCUUAACAGAGAAAAGAGAGAUGCUUGUAGUACAGGAAAAGAGUGGCAGACUUCGAGGAACAGGUGUCUGGAAUAUCCCUAUUGGAAUCGUGGAUGAGGGAGAGGAUAUAUGUGCAGCAGCCAUCGGAGAAGUUAAGGAAGAGACAGGAGUUGACGCAGAAUUUGUCGAGGUAGUAGCUUUCAGGUCAUCUAUAUCCGCGGGAGUUCUGAAUGCUGGCACUUCUAUCCAUCGGGAAGCCUUGUCUAGCAUUUCUUCUCGACUGAAAACAUUGCAGUUGUUUCUUCGAGCUCCUGAUGCCUACUCAACAAACUAAUAUUUACGAGAUCAAGGGUGUGAUUGUGUAUUAUACUUGUGAGUUGUGUCGGAGCAUGUUAUGUUAGAAUAUGGGUGAUAUUUGACAGAGCAUAAAGACAACUUAGGAAAGUGUAAGUGUUUGUAUGAAAUGGUUUAA